GAAGAAGAGGAAGAAGAAGAAGGUAUCGAGUUUUGUCCCGGAAGUGAAGCGGACCGGUGAAAGAAACGCAUGUGGUUCAAUUUAACUCAGUACAACAGUUUAGAUUUUUUUAAGUUACAUUUGGACCCUGUCAAGAUUCGUGAAGACAUUCGAUACUGAAAAAACACUCAUUAUUUCAAGCUGGCUCGGAAAGUGAACACUGAUCAUGUCACAGGCCACAAAACGCAAGCACGUCGUCAAGGAGGUUCUUGGAGACUUCGUUGUGCCAGGGGAAAACCAGCAGAUUGUGAAGGUGACUGGUAGCCGUGGUAACAACCUCCAUGAAACUGUCACAGCUCAGGGCGAGACAUUCUUGGUGAGCAUGCCCACAAAGUUCCGCAAGAACAUUUGGAUCAAGAGAGGUGACUAUGUGAUCGUGGAUCCUAUUGAGGAGGGAGAGAAGGUCAAAGCGGAAAUCAGCUCAAUUCUUUACAAAGAUCACAUCGUGUACCUGCAAGAACAUCACCUCUGGCCCGAAGGCUUUGUGAUUGAAAACAAACCCGGCCAACAGAAAGAUGAGGAAAACAACACAGAGGAGAAAGACCAGGAGGAGGCCAGCGCGAGCGACAACGAGGAUGAUUUGUUUGUGAACACCAAUCGCUGUACUUACCAGUACAGUGAGAGUGAAGAUGAUGAGGACAGUGAUGUUCAGAGUGAGGAGGACACAAAGUGAGAGCAGAAGGACUGAGACUGGUGUUGGGACAAUUCUCCAGCUUUUUUUUUUUUUUUUGGUGAUCCUUCAGCUCCCUCUUUCCUUACAAGCUUCACAUCACAGCUGCUGGAUCCUUGAACGGCUGAACUCAUUCUUGCAUGUAAUUGGCGGUGCAGGAGCGCCCACAUUUGAAUCUCAUGAAACCUUCUCUUUUUUUUUUUUUUUUUUUUAUGUCUAACUGACAUUAAUGACAAAUCAUCUGAUUGUAUGUUCGUUUUUUUCAUGCUUAUAAACUUUAUAUUUUGACCCAGUUUUGGUAUCAACAUUAUUACCGUCUAGUGCUAAUGUUGAUUUCAUUUCGGUCUCACAAAAUCGAAUUUGUAGCUGAAUAUCCAAACCAUUGUUUGCAUAUGUGAUCUGAUGCCCACUGCAAAAGACUAAUGACACCGAUGGCAAGAUGUGCAGAAAAAUACAUCCUACAAAAACUA